GACAAUGACGGAGCGACAGUACACCGUCGACUUCAUAUACUAGGGAGCAUUCCGAGCCCUCUGCCUCCCCGAGCAUGAGCACGACGAUUUUGAGGGAAGCCGCACCAAUGCGGUGAAGCUGAAGACCCAGUGAAGGAUCCUCCACACUCUACUCACCCGCUCAGUUGUCCCUAGCCUCCAGUCAGGCCACCUGAUGACGAACAGAGGGGUCAUUGCCCUCUACUCCUUGAGGAGUUCAGUAGAGCCGAUCCAUCUGGGAUCAUUGAUCGCCACUUCUUUCGCCCGGUGUUUGGGGAGGAACAGAGUGGACACCAUGCAUAUGGGGGGCCUCAUCACGAGGAUGGCUUGGCACUUCCAGGUGGAUUUGGAUCGUUGUACCAGCGCCGGGAGGACGACUCCCAUUCCAGUUGAGACAUUGUACAAUCAGAAGCUGGUACUCCAAGGAGAGCGAGGAGUGAAGUACCUCGAGGGACUCCGACCUUCAGGAGUCAUGCGAGCAGAGUUGACCCGGCUCCAGUGGAGCCUGACCCGAAGUCCCACCACCAGCAGAACAGCCACCUGCUCGUGCACCCGACCACCGCCGGUGUCCAGCGCUACAACGCCCAUCACAGCCACCACCACCAGCAUCAAGUGAUCCCCUCGUCUAGAGGGUGGGUCGCCUAGAGAUGAACUUCGUGGGGUUCUCUUCCUGCCUCGACCGGUAGACUGAUCUACUUGAGUUGAUGGCUCGACUCCAGGGCGUCCUCCAAGAUGAGGCCGCGGGUCCUUCCACCAAAGAGAGGUAGCCAACGAGUGAGACCUGUGGUAGAGCCGAUUUGUUUCACCCCACUUCUCCGCUUGUAACCCUGAACUUGUUGCUUUUGUUAUUUUUCUUUCUUUUGUGUAUGUGUGACCGUAAACUACUACUACUACUACUACUAUCGUAUUGUGUUUGUAAUAACCUCGCCUCGAGCGAGUCGUAUUGUGCUUGUGUGUGUGUUUUUUUGUCUCUCCUUGAAGCUCAAAAUGUCCUAACCCGGAUUCGAUUCCAACUCACUCACCAAGCCCAAGCGGUAACAUCAUUCUACCCCUUUCUUACGCCAUUGAGGGCAAUGUCGAGUUUAAAUGUUGGGGGGUGGGGGUAGUUUACUAUUAUGCUUCUGUGAGUGUGAUGGAUGCUUGGAGCCUUGAUAUAUGCCCAAAUUUCAAAAAUUUGAGGGCUCCAAGCAAUGUUUGCAUGAUCAAAGUGGCCGGUGUGUGGGAAAUUCUCGUGUUUAUUGGCAUUGGUCUUGAAUUGUUGCAUGUGAUCGAGUGUAUCCUAUGAUGAUGAUUGAGAGGUCCAUUACGAUAGGGAAAAAUUUUAGUUCUCAUUUGUGCAUAAAUGAAUGGAUGUCUUGACU